AUGAAAAAAAGCAUCUUUAAGCUUACUCAAAAUACUUUUUUAAAAGCAAAUAAUUUUUCCAUUUAUAAAAGAAGUUAUGUAUUUCAUUUUUUUAAAAACAGAAGUAUUAUAACUAGUAAUAUUUCUGAUAAUAAAGAAAUUAAAAUUAAAGAUAUAGGAGGUUUUAAAAUAAAAAGUUUCAAAAAAACUAAAAAUAUAAAAGAUGAGAAGGAUGACGAUAUAUAUAUACUAAAUGGAAAAAUACUAUACGCACAAAAAAACAAGAAAGAAAAAAAUGAAUCAAAAGUAAACUAUCCUAUUAAAAAAUCAAAAUCCUUAGAAAAUACAGAUAAUUUAUUUUAUUUAAAAUUAAUUGAUAAUCUUAAAAAAAACAAUUUAGAAACUGAUAAGGAUGAAUAUAAAGAAUAUAAAAAUAGAGAAAUAAGGAAUCCUCUUAAAAAUGAAAAAGAAUGCGAUAAUAAUAAUGAUAAUAACAUUAAUAGUAAUAGUAAUAGUAAUAUUAAUAUCAAUAGUAAUAAUAAUAGUAACAACAUAAGUGGUAACAUAAAUAAUAAACACUCUAAUCAGAAAAGUGAAUCAGAAACUUUUUAUAAGAAAAAUGAAAUUAAUGAAAAAUUAGAUAAUUAUGAAAUAAAAAGUAAUGAUAACAAAAUAAAAAAUACACAUAUGAGUAUCCUCAGUAGCAAAAUGACAAUUAAUAAUGAAAUAAAAAAUGAGAAUGAGAAAAUUAUAGCAAAAGAAGAAAAAGAAAAAGAUAUACACACAAAAAACAGUACUAAUAAUCAUACAAAUAAAAUAGAAGAUAUCUUAAAUAACAAAAACAAUUCAGAAGUAAAACCUCCGAGGAAUAAUAGAGAUGUUAACAACGUUAAACAUGAUGUGUAUGAAAUUUUAAAAGAAAUUAACUCAGAAAAUGAUAAAAAAGAAAUAGAAAAAUUUUUAAAUUAUUUUUUAUUAUAUAAAAAUAACAAUUCUACAAACAUUUUGGGUAAUUUUGUCAGUUUUUACUUUUGUAAUAUAUUAAGUGAUGAUUUAAAAGAUUUAAAAUAUUAUUAUUUUGAUGGAGUAAAAUUAAGUGUUAACUCUUUUUUUAACACUAUAAGAGAAUUAAAUGAAAAACAAUUAUCUAAAAUGACAAAUAUUUAUUUAAAAGAAUAUUUUUUAAAAAUAUUCAAAAUUUUAAAAUCGCAAAAUUUGAAUUUGCAUUUUGAUAAUUUAGAAAUAAAUAACAUGAAAUUGCUUUAUAUAUAUAACAUACUUGGAUUAAUUAGAAAUGAUGGAAAAAGAUCAAAAAAAGAAAAUAUCAAAAAAUUUUUAUAUCAAUAUAUAUGCGUAGAAAAUAAAGAUAUUGCACUUUUAAAAAGUAAUAGCAAAAUGAAAUUUUUAACAAAUAUUAUAAAAAAUGGUGUCACCACACGUAUGCAUAUAUUAAUAAAUUUAUCAUAUGACUUAUCUACAUAUAAUACUAUUUCAUCUAAUUAUAUUACAAAAACAAAAUUUAAAAAUAUAAAUUUAGAAUUUAUAUUUGAAAAUCAACUAGAAAAUCCUCUUUUUUCUCUGCAAUCUCAUGAGACAAUCAAUUUAAAAUCAUCAGGGUGGUACUUAGUUGAUGUUAAUCAAAUAUUAAAUGGAAAUUUGCCUUAUGAAUGA